AUGUCGUGCACAGCCAUCAGACUACGUCAAUUUAUAGAUCCUACACCCUACCUCCCUCCAGGCACUAUUAUUCGUCAAGGAAAGGACAUUCAAGGGUUCUAUCCUGGGCAACUAGGACGGGUACAUAAGGCAUGCAUGCCUGAAAUAGCUCCAGGACCUUUCAUAAAACUGCACCCAGCUCCAGUGCAGCAUGAAGUUGAAACUCAGUACCAACAUGACUUUGAUAAUUUAACUCUUCAGGGGCAUGUCCUUUUUCAAGGGACAAUGAAGAAGGCAAUGAAUGACUGGUACAAGCAAACCACAUACAAAGAAGAAUUUGCACUGCCAUUUUACAAUAUGGACUGUGAUGAGGAUAAAUACACACCAAGAACUGAUCCUGGACCACUGACAAUCUGGAGAAGCAUUGCUGAUCCAAAAAAGUAA